AUGCAGACAAAGUCUCACAGAACCAAGAGAAAACAAUCAGAGCAGCUAGAGAAAGUCAGACUGACAGUUGGAGUCAGAAUCCCCCGGUUACCGUCGCCACGGGAACCCCUGGCAAACAACCACGCCCCCCCCCCUGCCGUGGCCCCCAGCAGGCUCCAUAAGCCGAUCAGCUGUUCCCAUGAACCCGUGGGAUCGGUUGUCCCCAGCUCAGGCGUCCUCCUCCCCUCUGCUCCCCGUGACGUGGUCCCUGUCCUAGUGUCCAGCCGUUUUGUCCGCCUCAGCUGGCGCCCCCCGCAGGAGACCAGAGGAACUGUUCAGACCUACGGCAUCUACUACUCCCAGGACACUGUCAACAGGGAGAGGUCUGUGAACGUGUCGGAACCGGAGAUCCUCCAGAUGACUGUCAGUAACCUGAAGCCAGAGGAGACCUACUCCUUCCGAGUGGUGGCCUACAACGACUACGGCCCUGGAGAGAGCUCCGAGACAGUCAGACUCACCACACAACCAGAGUUGCAGGUCCCUGGGCCGGUGGAGAACCUCCGGGUAGAGUCCAUCUCUCCCACCUCCAUCCAGGCCUCGUGGGACGUCCCAUCCUACGCCAAUGGUCCCCUGCUGGGGUACCGACUGCUCUGGACCGAGACACCCUCUGGGAAGGAACAGAGUGUGGAGGUGAACGGGCAGAGUUAUAAGAUGGAGGGGCUGAAGAAGUUCACAGAGUACUCCUUACGAGUCUUGGCGUUGAACCGUUAUGGCCCUGGGGUCACCACAGAGGACAGGAGCGUCACCACGCUGUCUGAUGUGCCAAGUGCUCCACCACAAAACAUCUCCUUGGAAGUCGUCCUCUCAAGAAGCAUUAAGGUGAGCUGGCAGCCCCCUCCUCCCAACAGCCAGAACGGGUUCAUCACCGGCUAUAAGCUCCGACACCGGAAGACCGGCCGACGAGGAGACCAGGAGGCCAUCGAACCUAACAACUUCUGGUACCUGUUCACAGGCCUGGAGAAAGGCAGUCAGUACAGUUUCCAGGUGGCAGCUAUGACAACAAACGGCACGGGCCCAGCCAGCGAGUGGUUCACCGCAGAGACGCCAGAGAAUGACCUUGAUGAGAGCCAAGUCCCGAACCAGCCCAGUUCCCUCCACGUCCGGCCCCUUCCCAACAGCAUCAUCAUGAGCUGGACCCCGCCCCUCAACCCCAACAUCCUAGUACGGGGCUACAUCAUUGGCUACGGAGUAGGAAGUCCCUAUGCUGAGACGGUCAGGGUGGACAGCAAGCAGCGAUACUACUCCAUAGAAAACCUGGAGCCCAGUUCCCACUAUGUAAUCUCCCUGAAAGCCUUCAACAAUGCAGGAGAGGGGGUCCCCCUGUAUGAGAGCGCUGUGACCAGAUCUAUAACAGAUACAUCCACCCCCAUGAUCCCCCCAGUAGGUGUCCAGGCCGUGGCCCUGACCCCAGACUCUGUUAGGGUCAGCUGGGCAGACAACUCCAUGACCAAGAACCAGAAGACCACCGAGGUCCGCUACUACUCUGUCAAGUGGAAGACCAGCUACUCUACUAGUGGGAAGUUCAAGUCUGCAGACACAACAGCCCUUAGCCACACCGUCACCGGCCUCAAGCCCAACACCAUGUACGAGUUUGCUGUCAUGGUUACCAAGGGCCGCAAGUCCAGCACUUGGAGUAUGACCGCUCAUGCCACCACUUACGAAGCAGCUCCCAGCUCCACCCCCAAGGACCUGACGGUCAUCAGUCGUGAGGGGAGACCCAGAGCUAUUCUGAUCAGCUGGCAACCCCCCAUGGAGGCCAACGGACGGAUCAUGGGCUAUAUCCUCUACUACAGUCUGGAUAAGAACAUGCCUAUAGAUGACUGGGUUAUGGAGAGUAUCAGUGGAGACCGUCUGACCCACCAGGUGAUGGACCUGAACCUGGACACUGUCUACUACUUCAGGAUCCAGGCUAAGAAUGCCAAGGGAGUGGGCCCCCUCUCAGACCCCCUCCAGUUCAGGACUAACAAAGUGGAACAUCCAGACAAGAUGGCCAACGAUCAAGGUCGCCAUGGAGAUGGUGGCUACUGGCCUUCUGACAACAACCUGAUCGAUAGGAGCAGUCUGAACGACAUUGGUCAGAUGCGUCCUCCCCACGGCAGCGUGACUCCCCAGAAGAACAGCAACCUCCUGGUCAUCAUCGUGGUCUCUGUGGGAGCAGUAACGGUGGUAGUGGUCGUCAUAGUUGCGCUCAUUUGCACCCGGCGCUCCUCCGCACAACAGAGGAAGAAGCGUGCCACCCACAGUGCUGGGAAGAGAAAAGGCAGUCAGAAGGACCUGAGACCUCCAGACCUGUGGAUCCACCAUGAGGAGAUGGAACUGAAGAACAUGGAGAAGCCUGUCAGCGCCGCCCCCUCCGGACGCGAUUCGCCCAUCCAGGGUUCUAUCCAGGAAAUCAGGUCUCAGUCUGUCAGUCACAGCCAAUCAGAGAGCCAGAUGGGCAGCAAGAGCAGCCACUCAGGUGGAGACAACGACGAGGCUUCCAGCUGCAUCUCUACGUUAGAGCGCUCCCUAGCUGCCCGGAGGGCAACACGCACCAAGCAGAUGAUCCCCAUGGACUCUCAGCCCAGCAACACCCCUGUUGUCAGUGCCAUGCCAGUGCCAACCCUGGAGAGCAGCCAGUACCCUGGCAUCCUGCCCUCGCCCACUUGCGGGUAUAGCCAUGGUACUCUGACCACCCACCCCAAGUUUACCCUGAGACCCAUGCCCUUCCCCAGCCUCACCGUGGACCGCAGCUACGCAGCAGGUGGAACGAUAUCGACAGAGGGCUCCACUCCACUGGGGUUGCAGCAGCAGCAUACUCUGAUUACCAGCAGUAGCAGUCAGCCAGGUGUAGGAGGUGGAGGGGAGCUCUCUCUCCCUGGCACAGAGGAGGUUGGGGGCAUCUCAACCCGUACCAUCCCCACCGCCUGCGUCAGGCCCACGCACCCCCUACGGAGCUUCGCCAACCCCCUCCUGCCUCCACCCAUGGGCACAAUCGACCCCAAGGUCUACACGCCCAUGAUACCACAUUCAAGUGCCAGCCUCCCCAAGCCAACAGUAAAAACAGCGUCUCUGGGGCAAGCUGGCAAGGCCAGAUCACCACUACUACCCGUCUCCGUGCCAACAGCCCCCGAGGUGGGGGAAGAGGGACAGAAACAGACAGAUGACUCAGCCAAUGUUUACGAACAGGACGACUUGAGUGAACAGAUGGCGAGCCUAGAGGGACUCAUGAAGCAACUCAACGCCAUCACCGGCUCAGCCUUUUAACCACAGCAGCCCUGGCAGAGAGUCCCACCCAGACAGUCCAUCAGACCUACUACACAGCACAGACAGCUCAGACAGCAGUACCACUAGGGGAAGCAUGGUGCCGGGACCUCAGAAUCAUAGAUACUUCUCAACAAACCCCUAUAAUACUGUA